GCCCUUGGUUGCGGGGUCGUGGCCGGCGCCGGGACCGCAGCAUUCAGGAUGAAUUUAAUUCAGCUUGUGCGGGACCACUGGGUACAUGUUCUUGUCCCUAUGGGAUUUGUCAUUGGAUGUUACCUAGACAGAAAGAAUGACGAAAAGCUAACUGCCUUCCGGAACAAGAGUUUGUUAUUUAAAAGGGAAUUGAGACCCAAUGAAGAAGUUACCUGGAAGUAAAGGCUGUGGCUGAAUUACAGAAUGUUCACAUUUUUUAAAUUAUGAGAAAAAUAAAAACACUUAAUUUGAACAAU